GUCAUCGUCGUCGUCUAUGGGGGAGACACCAGCGUCUUCAGUAUGUCACAUCUAGCACGUCGCAAGGUUUCGGCUUUCGUAUAAAAGCGAGUCUUCGUCCAGUCCUUCCUAAGAUACGACAAAUCAGCACCGAAGACAUCAGACAUGGACGCCUUGAAAUCAUCAAUUCUCUUAGCUCUUCUGGCAGCAGCUGCCGUCGCGGCGCCCGUUGACAGUGAGACGCCGAUUUCAAUUUUGAGUCGCAGCGAAGACGGUCCAAAUCCGGAUGGUUCCUAUGCCUGGAGCUUCGAAACAGCCAAUGGAAUAAAGGCCGAGGAACAGGGUCAGCCUAAGAAGGUUGACAAUGCUGAAGAUUCAAGUCUCGCGGUCCAGGGCAGCUUCAGUUACAAAUCUGAAGACGGUACACCGAUUUCCCUGAGUUACACCGCAGAUGAAAAUGGCUUCCAACCUCGUGGCGAUCAUCUCCCGGUAGCACCAGAAAUUCCCCCGGCAAUACUUCGCGCCCUGGAGUGGAUCGCCGCUCAUCCUGAGGAAGACAACUUGAGAAAGUGAUUGGCUGAUGGAUUAUCUGUGAUCGAUUACGUUCUGGUUAUGGGCCAAUCUUGAAUUCAACUAGGAAUUUUGUUUGGAUGCUUAAUAUUAAUUUAUAAGAUUCCUCGAGCGUUGUAUUAUUCUAUUGGAUCAGUUCUAAUCGAUAUUGAUUAAUAAGAUUGAUCGGCUCGAAAAUGGCUGACGAUUUUACAGUCAUUUUAAAGUCGAUCUUGUAAAUAUGCAUAUAAAACUGUAAUAUCACGAUAAAAAACGUUUAUAUUAAACGGCCUGUUUUGAAUUUA